AAGAACAUAGUAAUAGAGCGCGUAAAAUUAGCUGCCGACGCGGAAAACGUCUUAAACCGCCCACGUGACGUCACCUUGGAUAAACGUUUCCCAUUGGUCCCCAGACCUCCCCCGCCUGAUCAUUUCGUCUCACGGAGUGCAGGAGAAAAUCACACACAUGCGCGCGCGCGCUCACACACACACCCCACGCCGGGUUCUCCACUCCCACUCCAUUCUACUCUCCUGUUCCAGAAGAAGGUGCAGCAUGCGCGCGCUCAGCCUGCCGCCGUGUCCACGCGCUCAGUAACGGCGGCUCGGGAGCUCGUCACGCGCAGUCCUCAGCGUCUCUCUCCAAACCGGGAACUUCCUCCUGUCUAUCUGUCCAUCUCUCUCUCUCUCUCUCCUCCUUCUGCAAGAGAUGAGAUGAUGGACAGUAGGAUGCUCGAGCACCCGCGCGCGCAGUACGGCAUGGCCGGUGUCGGUUUCCCGUACCACCUGAACCACCACCACCACCGCCACCACCGCCAUGUCUACAACAUCACCGGACACCAGAUGCAGACUGUUGCUCCUUUUUCCAUUGACGGAUUAUUAAACGGCUCCUGCUCGGCCUCCGUAGUCAGCUCGAGCCCUCUGCUCGCGAGCGGCGACAAUCAAGUGUACAAACUCACCGACUCUGGAGAUGUGGAGAAGGAGAGCCCCGGCUGUAAACGGAGACGGACUCGGACUAACUUCACCGGCUGGCAGCUCGAGGAGCUCGAGAAAGCGUUUACCGAGAGCCAUUAUCCAGACGUGUUCAUGCGCGAGGCGCUCGCGCUCCGCCUGGACCUGGUCGAGUCACGUGUGCAGGUCUGGUUUCAAAACCGGAGAGCCAAAUGGAGGAAGAAGGAGAACACAAAGAAAGGUCCCGGUAGACCAGCGCACAACUCUCACCCGACCACGUGCAGCGGCGAGCCCAUGGACCCGGAGGAGAUCGCCCGGCGCGAGCUACAGCGCCUCGAGAAGAAGAAACGCAAACAGGAGAGAAAGCUGCUGAGAUCCCAGAGCAAGUUCUUGUCUUCUGAGCUGCUCCACACACCCGGAUCAGACAGCGACGUGUCUCAGAGCACCGACAACGAAUCAGUUGUACAACGCAAUGUCCCGGCGUCCAGCACGCGUACGCACCAACCCGACCCGGACCCUGACCCUGAAACACCCCCCCGGAACCAGGCCCUGUGUUCCGAUUUCACACGUCCUUCCUCUUUACACAAGCUCAACCCGUUCAGCGUGGAGAGCUUACUCGCCGAGUCCAGUCCCAAACGGAAGCCGGCGCCAUUUUCUUCCGACUUUCCGCAGACACCUGUCGUGGGUAAAGGUCACUUCCUGUUGUAUCCCAUCACACAGCCUCUGGGUUUUAUCGUCCCACAGAAACACACUGACUCCACACACACACCGGCUGCAGACGACACACACACCACCGAGGCUAAAAGAACAAAAAGUGACCAGCUUUCACCUCAAACACACACCACACACUCUGUACACACCACACACUCUGUACACACCCCACACUCUGUACACACCACACACACACACUGCGACCAAACAGAAACGCCGGAUGCAGAUAUAAAAAGUGAAGAUGUGAAAGAAUGAGAGGCGAUUUUUUAGACUUCAUUUUGAUUUCUGAACAUUUUUAUAACCUAAAAGACGUUUUGAACUCCUUUUACAAAAAAAGUAUAAAAUCCUAAAUAUUUCUGUCCUUCAUUUAUUCAGAAGGAUGAACUUUUAUUAUUAUUAUUAUUAUUAUUAUUAUUAUUAUUAUUAUGAUGGUAAUUCUUUUGGCUAUUAGCAUAAAUAUGAGCUCCACGCCUUUCCAGAACAACAUGGAAUCCUCAGAAACGAUAAAUGAUCAAAUAUAUUUAUAUAUGUAACAUUUUCAUAAAUAAUAAAAACGAAUAAAAAAAACA